CAUCGCCGCGAUUCGCGCCGCGCCGCGCCGCCGAUCGAUUCGCGCGUACGUAGCUGCCGGAUCGGAGCUCCGGCGCCGUUCCCGCCUCGGGAAUGGCGGCUGUUUCUCGGAGCACCUGAGUCCCGUGACGGAUGGAGGCGGAGGGCCUGCGGUCCGUUUCGCUGCGGGCGAAUCGCCGGGGCGACCGCGGGAAUCAGAACGCCUCGGCUAAAGAUGGGGAAGGAGGGUUUUAUUCUCCGGGGAGAUUGGGGCGCGAGUAUCCGGUGAAGGCCAUGUUCAGGGUGGGCUUCGUUCGGCUGGUUCUGGUGGCGGGCGUCGUCUGGAUGCUGCUCAUCCUCAGUGUGUUGCUGUUCCAUGUAUGGUCUUGUCAAUCUUCAGUUGCUUUCUUAUCAGCUAUUUGCAAUCGAGAGAGCAGGGUAUAUCUCAUUUUAGACACGAUGGGCAUAGUACCGAAACCACAGCAUCGAUGUCCAAUACCCCUUGCCAGCAAUACUAAUAGAGUCACUAUACCAAGUGGACGAACGCCAGACAAAUUUGUUGCGAAUCUGCACUAUGUUAUGGAGGAUGAACAAAUCAACAAUGCAUCGAAGUCACCUCCACUUUUUGGAGGACAUGAAACUUGGUCCCAGAGAGAAGAAAGCUUUAAGCUAAAUUCCACAAUGAAGGUGCAUUGUGGCUUCAUCCGUAAUGCUGGUGCUGAGAUGGAUCCUGUUGACAUCAAAUAUGUGAAGAAGUGCAGAUUUGUGGUUGCAUCUGGCAUUUUUGAUGGAUAUGACACACCACACCAGCCAUCAAAUAUAAGUGAUCGGUCCAAAAAGCUCUUUUGUUUUCUCAUGGUGGUGGAUGAGGAAUCUCUUGCUUUCAUCAAGAACAACGUUACUGUAAGGAAGGAUGAUGAUGGGGGACAAUGGGUGGGAAUUUGGCGUCUUGUGCUUCUGAAGAAUUCACCCUAUGAUGAACCCAGAAGAAAUGGAAAGGUUCCUAAGAUUUUGACCCACAGAUUGUUCCCUCAAACGCAGUACAGCAUCUGGAUUGAUGGUAAAAUGGAGCUGAUGGUCGACCCAUUGCUAAUGCUUGAAAGAUAUUUAUGGAGGGGGAAGCAUACCUUUGCAAUUGCCCAGCACAAGCAUCAUCACAGCAUAUAUGAGGAGGCUGAUGCAAAUAAGCGCAGGAAGCGAUAUGCUCGGCCUCUUAUUGAUCUUCAUAUGAAAAUCUACAAAUAUGAGGGGAUGCAAUCAUGGACUCCUGAAAAGGGGAACCCAAGUGAUGUUCCGGAGGGAGCCAUUAUCAUACGUGAGCAUACUGCAAUCAACAAUCUGUUUUCCUGCUUGUGGUUCAAUGAAGUCGAUCUAUUCACACCUAGAGACCAACUCAGUUUUGGGUAUGUCGUCUACAGAUUGGGAGGCGCUUUCAAGUUCUUUAUGUUUCCAAAUUGUGAAUACAACUCGAUAUUUGUGCUACAUCCACACACUCGGGAACACUCUUCUAAGAUCGAAUGGGUGAAAAGUUUGAGCGAGUUUGAGGGAAAAGGUAGCAUUUUGAAAGAGAAUCGAGGAGGGUUAGGCCUGUGGACGCCUUAUCCUGGGAACUUGAAUGAAGUUGUACUACCACCUGUUGCAAGAACUUCAAAAGCGGGCUGAAACUCUAUUCCAUCCAUUUGGCUUGUGUUUGUGUUCCAAGGAGAACCUCUAUGGAUUACACUUUGGGUACGCUACAUCCUUAGUUGGAGAGGACUUGGGCCACUGAAAGGAACUGCAAAUUAUUUAAAGGAGAAACAGGAGAACUGCUAGAGAGCAGAGCAUUUUAAUGAUGACCAGAUACUGGUAAAUCCUUGCCAACUAAAUUGCGGAGAGGAACAACCAAGAAGCUUGCUGCUAGUGCGCACGCGAGGAUUGGUUCUAGUGAAAGAGGCUAUACAAAGUUCUUAUUCGAAGUGCUCCUUUAUGGCUGGUGUUGCUGAUUUCUGUAUUAUUCGCUAAAGCUGAAUCGAAUGGUAAAGUUUUGCCGUUGCUACUGCGAUGAUGUCCAAAGGGUCGUUGAUGCUGAA